CACAGCACUGGCGAAAAUUUAAAUUUGUCGACUGGAAUUCCUUCGGAUAACCAACCUUCGGAAAAACGACGCUCUACUGUAAAUUCAAAGUACAAGGCACUAUACUGAUAAUUGGAUUCCUUCCAGCAAACAGUUGAGAGAAGCCUUAAAAAAAUGGAAAAUUUCUGGAAAUGUCUGACCAAACCUGAAAGGUUGUAAUGAAGACUGGAGCAAAAAGAUUGAGUGCAUUGCCUAGUAAACUGGUUUAAAUUUAACUAGAUAAGCAAAUGGAUUGUUAUUGAUUUGCUUAUUCAGCUGCAUUAGCCUUGGUGUACAUUAUUAUACAAACCAUUAUAAAUGAGUAAAACAAACACUAACCAAAAUGAAAUAUUGUUUGUAUUAUACUGUAUAACACAAACUAGGUUAGGAUGUUGAUUGAUUGAACAGACUUAAAUUCAGCAAAAGUUGAGAAUAUCUCAAUACCUAGUAACCUGAUCAAAUACUCAUUGAAAAGUGACAAAUUGGCAAUUUAUAUCCACUUUGUGGUAGUUAUAUGUGUGAAAACCUGGACUUGCUUCAGAAAAAUCAGAAAAGAUAUGAUUAUAACUUUUCCCACAGACUUUCUUCCUUGUUUGAGGUGACACAUUGAAUGUGUCACCUCAAACAAGAAUCAAAAAAGAUUGCUAUUGGACAUUGAUGUUGCAACAUUGCUAAAGAAGGGCAAGGGGAAAACAGGAAGGAACCCCAAAUAAAACGCAAGGUCCAAUCAUCAUUAUUUUCCCACCUUUGAACUGGUGUUCCUGUCCAGUCUUUUUUUGGAUACUGCUCAAGCUGUUGUCAAUCCUCUGCCCUUCUCAACACAUCCAAAGAUGUCCACCCUUUCGAUUCAUUGAAGCACCUUUUGAACUACCUUGUAGACCAGCAGUACAUCGAUCUGCCAAUUUCUACUAAGGUAUUUACUAAUGUGUGACUGAUUUGUAACCAAGGAACCAACUUCUACUAAGGUAUUUACAGAUGUGCGACUGAUUUGUAACCAAGGAACCAACUUCUACUAAGGUAUUUACUAAUGUGCAACUGAUUUGUAAACUAUCUCUCUCUCAGUCAGGGACUAUAAUUGAUAUAAAAAUUAGUGCCUUGCUAAGUGUCUUACGGAUGUCGACAAAAUGAUUAGAGUAGGUAAGAUUCCCUCCAGUUUGACUUUGAUCGAUGAUAUCAAAAAAUUCAGCAUUGACAAAAAUACCCUUCCAACUUACAGUUACCACCUCUCCCACCAGCUUGUCCCUGAUGUUUACUUCUAAGAUCCAGGUGAUCAUCCCAUGUUUAGGAUUUACACUGAUGGUUCCAAGAUGGGUGACGAUGUGGAUGCUGCUUUCCUAGUUUACUCCGACUUGGGCCACAAGCUUCACAAUCUAAGUACACACUGCUCAGUAGCACUAGUGGAAACUUUAGCUAUUUAUAUGAGCUUAAUUCACAUUAGGCAUAGGAAGGACAAAAGACUACUUACACUAUCGCAUUUAUUCUGACAGUAGGGUAGCUUUACACAAGAUUGCGAAGUCUGAUAGCCGCUUAUACACCAUCUCAUACACCACAUUCUCAGACACUUAGACAACAUUAGAAUAGAUUUCCAAUGGGUCUCGGGUCAUGCGGGGGUUCUCGGCAACGAGACUGCUGACCAUCUUGUCAAACAAGCUGCAAAAUCUUCAGUCACUAGUACUUUCAGUUACAUUCCUAUCUCGUACAUCAACAAUCACGUCAAGAAGCAAAUCUUCAUUUUCUGGAGAGACAGCUGGGACCAUGACACCACUGGUAGGCUCACCUACACUUUCAUCCCCAAGGUUGACACUACUGCGAUUUUUCGCCACUUUUAUCCUAGUUACACCCUCACUCAGUUACUUACAGGACAUGGCAACUUUAAACAAUACUUGCAUAGAUUUAACCUUGGGGACAAUCCAGUGCUGUAUUUAGAACGUAAGGGGCCCUGGGCCAGGACCAAGAUGGGGCCCCCUUAAUGAAACAGAAACAAUGGUAUAUUACAGACCUAGGGAUGCAUUAUUUGUUUUUUUCCAUGGAGUAUAUACAAUUUUUCAUCUCCCUCGGCCAGGAAGUGGCAUUUUCUUUCCGCACAGCAGGAAGAAAUUACUGUUUUUGGCAGAUGUGUGGUGAAUAAGAAGUAUCAAAAGUUUUUUAACUGAAGUUAAAACUACUUUUAACGAUGCUACGAAUAUCUUCAAAAUGCAUAAAACAAUCUAUAGGAACUGUAUGGAAUCAAUCUGUUCGUGCAAGCGCAUCGACUUCGGUACAAGAUAGCAAAAAGAUUGAAGUGUUUGUUGAUGACAAACCAGUGCUAGUUGAACCAGGAACUACUGUUUUACAGGCAGCUGCAAUGGUAGGAGUUGAAAUACCAAGAUUUUGUUAUCAUGAGAGACUUUCUGUUGCUGGUAAUUGUCGGAUGUGUCUGGUGGAAGUUGAAAAAUCUGCAAAACCAGUUGCAGCUUGUGCAAUGCCUGUUAUGAAAGGUUGGAGAAUAAAGACUAAUUCUGAGAUGACAAAAAAAGCAAGAGAGGGUGUUAUGGAAUUUUUGCUAGUAAAUCAUCCAUUGGAUUGUCCAAUUUGUGAUCAGGGUGGCGAAUGUGAUUUACAGGAUCAGUCGAUGGCAUUUGGAAGUGAUCGGAGUCGAUUCGAAGAUAUUGCAUUUUCGGGAAAAAGAGCAGUUGAAGAUAAAAAUAUUGGACCUUUGGUGAAGACAAUUAUGACUAGAUGUAUUCAUUGUACACGAUGUAUACGAUUUGCCAGUGAGGUUGCUGGCGUGGAUGAUUUGGGUACUACAGGUCGUGGUAAUGAUAUGCAAGUAGGAACAUAUGUAGAGAAGAUGCUGUUAUCAGAAUUAUCAGGAAAUGUCAUCGAUCUGUGUCCUGUGGGAGCAUUAACUUCAAAGCCAUAUGCUUUUACCGCUCGUCCUUGGGAAACAAGAAAAACAGAAAGUAUUGAUGUCCUAGAUGCAGUUGGUAGCAAUAUUGUAGUAAGCACUAGAACAGGAGAAGUAUUGCGUAUUCUUCCCCGUUUGAAUGAAGAGAUAAAUGAAGAAUGGAUAUCAGAUAAGACUAGAUUUGCAUGUGAUGGAUUAAAACGACAACGUCUAACAACUCCGAUGUGUAAAAAAAAUAAUUCUCUUGAACCCUGUACAUGGGAAGAUGCCCUUGUCAUUGUAUCAGAAAAACUUCGGUCAGUUUCUGGAAAUUAUAUUUCAGCUGUAAUUGGAGGAUUAGUUGAUGCUGAGGCCUUAAUAGCACUUAAAGAUUUAUUGAAUAAAUUAGGAAGUGAAGGAUUAUGUACAGAAGAAGUAUUUCCUACGAAUGGUUCAGGGAUUGAUCUGCGUUCCAGUUAUCUUCUAAAUAGCAAAAUUAUUGGAAUUGAAGAUGCGGAUUAUGUUCUAUUUAUUGGUACAAAUCCAAGAUUAGAAGCACCACUUAUUAAUGCAAGAGUGAGAAAAGCAUGGCUGCACAAUGAACUUGAAGUUGGACUCAUUGGCCCAAAGUUGGAUUUAAGUUAUGAUUAUGAAGUAUUGGCCAACACACCUUCUUUAUAUACCAUGAGUGCUCCAUUAAAUGAUUUUAAGACUGUAUCAAAUGCCAAAAAACCAUUAAUAAUUGUUGGAAGUUCCAUACUUCAACGAAAAGAUAACACUUCUAUUUAUAGUGCAGUAAGAAAGUUUGCUGAUCAGUGCCAAUUGAAAUGUGAAAGUGAUUGGAAAGUUUUAAACAUUUUACAUCGAGUAGCAAGUCAAGUUGCUGCUCUAGAUAUUGGAUAUAAGCCUGGAAUUCAAUAUAUACGUGACAAUCCUCCUAAAGUAUUAUAUUUGCUUGGAGCUGAUGAAGGCAUUAUUACAAAAACUGACAUUCCUGAGAAUUGUUUUAUCAUUUUUCAAGGUCAUCACGGUGACAGAGGAGCUGAAAUGGCUGAUGUCAUUCUUCCUGGUGCUGCUUAUACUGAGAAACAGGCAACAUAUGUCAAUACGGAAGGUCGGGCCCAACAGACAAUCACUGCAAAUAAUCCACCUGGAUUUGCAAGAGAAGAUUGGAAGAUUAUUCGAGCACUUUCUGAAGUAAAUUUGAUUUGUUUUGAUUAAUGUUGACAUAUUAUGAUAUUAUGACUAAGUUAUUGAAGUUAUGAUAUUAUGACUAAGUUAUUAAGAAAGUAUAUUCUGUCAGAAAAUAUUUUUGAAAUUGCCAGACUGUUUUUUCCUGUAACACUCAGAAAACAGCUGUUGUAAUAUUACCAGGUGCUUAUUAACCCCUCAGCAGUGACCUACAGAUAUAUUCGCAAAAUUCUUUUGUGGAUAUUGCCAAAAGCUAGCCAAAAAUUACCGUGAAAAAAUUCACAUAAAAAAGGAAUUAUG